GCCGAACUCUUUGGUGCCGAACAGAUACUCUUUCUUGGGCUCUGGGCUGAUGGGCCGUCACUGUUAUUGGGCUUGCCAUUAGGGUUUAGUUCGUACCCCAUCACGGUGCUAUCCCACAUGCCAUCUUCAAUAUAUCAACCUUGCGAGCGUUAAGCCUUCAACUGAACGAACUUUCGGGCAGCCUUCCUUUAAACAUGGGCGAUUCACUUCCCAAUCUCAGGCGCCUCGCUUUACAUGCCAACAAACUCAGCGGCCCCAUUCCUGCCUCUAUCAACAAUGCUUCUCAGCUCAGUGAAUUGAUAUUGCAAGUGAAUUCAUUCACCGGCCCCAUUCCCAGUUUCGCUAGUUGUAGCUUCUUAACCUUGUUUGUACUCAGCGAAAACAACUUGACCGCAGCCCCGGAAAUGGAAUUUCUCUCUUCACUAACUAAUUCCCAGUAUCUCCAGGUUCUUCAAAUAUCAAACAAUCCACUAUUGGGGGGUGUUCUACCAAAUUCCGUUGCGAAUCUAUCCCAAUCUCUUGAGUUUUUCUUGGCGCAAAACACAAGUAUCAGAGGUGUCAUUCCUUCUCAAGUAGGAAACUUGUCCAAUUUGAUAGAACUAAAUCUAUUUGGCAAUCAGCUGAAUGGAUCAAUUCCGGCUACGAUUGGAGAUUUGAAGAAUCUUGGGAGAUUAGCCCUUGUUUCUAAUAAUUUACAAGGAUCUAUCCCCCUAGAGCUUUGUCAGAUGAGUGGCUUGGCGGAGUUGUACUUGAGCAACAACGAGCUCGAAGGUCCAAUACCAGAAUGUUUGGGUGUAAUGCAACGUCUAAGAGUGGUUGAAUUUGACUCAAACAAGUUGAAUUCCGCCAUAACUCCCAAUUUCUGGAAUCUCGAAGAUCUCGGGGGAUUAAACUUGUCCUCAAACUAUUUGAGUGGUCAGAUCUCAUCUCAGAUUGGAAACUUGAAGGCAAUCAACCAAAUAGAUUUCUCCUUUAAUCUAUUUUCCGGUGAUAUUCCCAGCUCCAUCGACCAUUGCCAGUCAUUAGAAAAUCUCAUUUUGUCAAACAAUAAAUUUGGAGGAUCCAUACCUAAAUCGCUGGGAAAUAUGAAAGGUCUGACAAAACUUGAUUUAUCAAAUAACAGUUUUACUGGAUUGAUUCCCAAAUCAUUACAAGAUCUCAAAUUCUUGGAGUAUUUCAAUGUAUCUUACAACAGAUUGGAAGGGGAAAUUCCAAAUGGGAGCCGUUUUUCUAACUUUACUGCUUCAUCAUUUGUGCAUAACUCAGCACUUUGCGGUGAAGCAAGAUUCGAAGUGCCACCCUGUGCACAAGUUGAGGGAGGAGCGAAAUCAAAGAGUGUUGAUCGAUUAAUGAAGUACAUUUUGCCUCCUCUCUUUUCAGCUAUGGUUGUAGUGAUCAUUGUAGUUAUUCUCAUAAGACGACAUAAGCUUGUACAAGGGAGAAUUCCGGAUAGUACUUCGCUAGGUAAUUCUUGGAGAAUAAUCUCAUACAUUGAACUAUUGCGAGCAACAGAUUCAUUUAGUGAGACAAAUCUACUUGGGAGAGGAAGCUUUGGAUCGGUUUUCAAAGGGAUAUUUGAUGAUGGACUGAAUUUUGCAGUGAAAGUGUUCAAUAUAGAGUUGGAAGGAGGUGACAAGAGCUUCGAAACUGAAAGUAGAAUACUGAGCACAAUUCGACAUAGGAACUUAGUUCGAGUCAUUGGUUGUUGUACCAAUAUGGAAUUCAAGGCUUUGAUUCUUCCGUUCAUGUCGAAUGGAAGCUUGGAGAAAUGGUUAUACUCCGAUAACUAUUGUGCAGAUAUUCUACAACUGAUGAAUAUCUCGAUUGAUGUUGCUUUAGCUCUGGAAUACCUUCAUCAUGGUAAUACCUUCCCCGUUGUGCAUUGUGAUAUAAAGCCGAGCAAUGUGUUGCUCGAUGAAGAUAUGGCAGCUCGUAUUGCUGAUUUUGGUAUUGCAAAGCUCUUUGAUGAGGGGGAGGUCAUCAUCCACACCAAAACGCUAGCUACUAUCGGUUAUGCAGCACCAGAGUACGGAUCACAAGGGAAAGUAUCAACGAGUGCUGAUGUAUAUAGUUUUGGGAUAAUGCUUUUGGAGAUGUUCACAAGAAAGAAGCCGACAGAUGAUAUGUUUGGAGGCGAAAUGAGCUUAAAGGAGUGGGUCAGUGAAGCACUAGAAGCAAAUGAAAUCAAUCAAGUAGCAGCCCAUGCUUUGCUAUCAGAAGAAGAUCGGCAUUUUGAUAUGAAAGUGAAUUGGAUGAUAUCAGUGUUUGAAUUGGCAAUGAAACGAUGAAAGAAUCAACAUGAUUGAAGCAGCAGCCACACUAAAGAAGAUCAAAGCAAAAGUUGAAACAACGUCGCGCAAGUAACUGUCACGAUCACGACUAAUGGUCAAAUAUAAAUAGUUUCUUUCAGUUUUUUUGUUUAAAUGAAUCGAGCAUGUUAGAACUCUUCAUGGGUUCUUCUUCUUUUACUUGUAUCCAAUGUUGAAUUGUAGGAAAAGGAAAUAAUUUUAUCUACACUAUUUUUACUCCCUUAUAA